GUGGCCGCCUUCUAGCUUCUGGCGCGUUGCUGUAUUAAAGUCUCAAUCUAUCUGCCGUGCCGCGAGCAAAUAGUUCUUCCGUUUUGGGAGUUCCUCUCACAACGAGAGUGCGAGAAUCAUCGUCCCUCUCCGCGAUCGAUGAUCAAGACGUUCGCAGCAAAGAUCGCGGUUGCGCGAGUGAUCGCGAAUAACAUCUUCGAAUGUGCGCGUCACACCGAUGAACUAUCGCGAUAAUUUAACGAGUGUAUCCUGCGGCUUUUUUUGAGGUCAAAGACCCUGCUGAUUGCGAGAGAAGGAAGCAACUCUGCGGCACGGAGAAAGAAGCGAUGAUAAAAGAAAUAAACAAGGGAGGGUGUUUGAUUGCGAAGAGUGCUCUGGAUAACGCAUUGGCUGACUGAACGGGUUUCUCAAACAAAAGUGAGCUGGAGGGCGCCCCACCUGCCUACAGGAGACUAAACUGAAAUACAAAUCGACCAAGUGAGAAAAACAUAAUGCGGGUAGUCUGCACAUUUUGCGGACUGUUCUUGGCCAUUGCCAUUGUCAAUUGCAGUCCUAUUGUCAAAAGAGAUGCGGAAGAGUUACCCCAAGAGGAUCUUAGUCCAUUAAACGAAGUCUACGUAUUCGAAGCCGAUGAACCCGAUGGCGAUAGAGGCGAUAGGGAUAAGAGAAAGAUUGGUCUCACACUUGGGAUAAAGAAUGGCAUCCUCAACUUCGUGUUCGGCAAAGUGGACUCCUUGCUGGACUCAAAGAUAAAAGCGAUCGAUGUUCUCGAAGAAUCCAACAGGGCGAAAAACGCCAUUUAUGGAAUUGAUGCUAGCAAGUCACGUACGACAGAAUUCGUCAAUGAUUUGGUGUCCAAGAAGAUUCAGUCCGCGACAAGCAGCAUAGGGCCGAUUAUAAACAGUGCGACGACACUCUUCUCAGGAGCUUCGGCUGGUUUGUCGAACGCAUUUGUCUCGAAAUUCGCUCCAUUAAGCUCGCUUUCCGGUGGUCUUUCCGGAGGUGCUGGUGCAGGUGCAGGAGGCGGAGGAUCGGCUCUUAUCGGCACUCUCCUGACCCAAGGGAUCGGCGCUUUGUCAAGUAUAAGCCAAAGUGGCGGUGGUCUGAGUGGAGGAGUCACUGCCGGCAAAAGCGCUACGAGUUCUGGUUCGCAGACCGGCACUGGAAUUAAUGUCGGAGCUUUCGCCAAUUUGGCAGGGAAGGUGCCUAUUACCACUACCACGGAUGAUACACCCGUUUUCGACAGAACUAGGGUGUCCUUGGAUAUACCAUCAAGAGCAUUCGGCACUGGUUUCACUUUAAUUACUAAUGUUAGCAAAAUCCUCAACAGUGUAAUCCUAAACUCGGCUCGCCGAACACAGACGUUCCUAGAGAUCUUCAAGCCGAUCUUCCGUGGUUCAUUCGCUAUAAAGGGUUUAUCGGAUAACUAGACGUCUCAUUUCCGUAUCCGUAGGGAUUAUUAUUAUACUAGGACUUAAUUGCUCAAUGACCAUUGUUUCGUAAAGAAACAAUUAGCAAGAUUUAGCAAGUUCCGAUCACAUAUUUUUUAGAUAAAUACCGUUGACUAGAACUUGUCAAUUUUAUUCCAAAGUUUUUGAUCGUAAAAGACUUUAAAUGUUAUUUUAGAAAUUAAAGUACGAUUUAAAUGUCUUAUCCUUGGUAGAAUAUUUUUCUGCUCAUAUUACACAAUUAUUAUUUAUGACGCCAUAUUAUUGUCUUAUCUUUUAUCUACUAUUCUUCUAUGAUCGUCAUCUAUUUGUUUGAGUUUGUUAUAUAUAAUCCAAAAAUUAGUGACGUAAGUGACAGACAAGUUUUUAAUGAUUAAAAACAUAUUACGUUUUUUUGUAUAUGAAAUAGAGAUAUUUAUACACACAUAUAUGUUAAUUAUUAAAUUAAAUUAUUAAUACAAGUAAAAAUUAUUUUUGAAAUAUUUUAGUCAAGUUUUUAAUUAAAUAGCAUGUAAUAAUAAAAUUCAAAGUACGAUAAAGUAGGAAAGUAGGAAAAAGAGCGAUAAUCAAACUAAUUUACAUCCCAUAAAAUUAAUUCCAUGCAAUUAUAAUUGCAAGCGUGAAGAAUCUCAGAAAGUUUCUCAAUAUACAUCAAUUUGUAACUUAAUACCAUUGCCAUAAUCUAUUGAUCAUUAAUAAAAAAAUAUCAUUGCGUAAA